AAGUCUGAAUGCUUGCUGAGUGGGGUUUCUUUUCUCUGGGUUUAUGGUCUUAUGACGACGAUGGAUGGUGAACUAUUAUAAAAGCUUCCAUGCCCACCCGCUGCUAUGCCUCUGUAGGUAAUAAUAGCUAUCUAGUAGUACUCAUUAUCGUGCGAGAAAGAAAAACAAUACACUCGCAAUUAAUAUCGACAUCUAUUGAAAAAUCGUACCUUGAAGAAGAAAAAGAAGAAGAAGAAGAAGAAGAACAAUCGAACAAGAUGGCUCCCAAGAUUCUCGUCGUCCUUACUUCCCAGAACAAGAUCCCCAAGACCGGAGCCCAGACCGGUUGGUACUUGCCUGAAUUCGCACACCCCCACGAGGUCCUCCAUACCAAGGCCGACCUGACCAUCGCAUCGCCUCAUGGCGGCGAAGCCCCCCUCGACCCGAACUCUGUCAAGGCCUUCGAGAAGGAUGAAAUCUCGCAAAAGUUCCUGAAGGAGCAGAAGAAUCUGUGGACCAACACGGCCAAGUUGGCCGAUCUAGUCUCCAAGGCGGGGGAAUUUGAUGCGAUUUUCUAUGUUGGUGGUCAUGGACCCAUGUUCGACCUCGUUGAUGAACCCAACUCCCUCGCUCUCAUCCAGUCUUUCGCUGCGGCAAAGAAGCCCGUCGCGGCUGUAUGUCACGGACCGGUUGCGCUGCUCAACGCGACCGCGCCCUCGGGCGUGCCUCUGAUCUCAGGCGCUUCUGUGACUGGAUUCUCGAACGAAGAGGAGACCCAGGUCGGUCUGCUGGAGGCGAUGCCGUUCCCCCUGGAGACCGAGCUGAACCGCGUCUCGGGCGGUGGAUAUGUCAAGGCUGACCAGGCUUGGGGUGAGAAGGUCGUUGUGGCCAAGACGGCGGGCACGGGGGCGCCAUUGAUCACAGGUCAGAACCCUGCCAGCGCGUCGGGCGUGGGCAAGGCGAUCCUGCAGGCUCUGGGUGUUCACUGAACGAAAUCCCCUUGAACGUUCUAUAUCGAUGGUUGAUUUGGCUCGAGGGUUUGCGCAGGAGAGACGAUAAAUGUUGUAAUGCCCACGCGUGUAUGCUAGUAUGCGCUCAUAAUACUUAAUGUCUCUACGGGAAUGAAGACUAGGAAUUCCAAACUAGCGA